CCUGCUAUUUGAAUUUCCCUCCCCUAUCUUUUGUUGCAUUAAAGAUUUUGAGUAUGUAGCAGAUAGCCUCCAGAUGACAGCACAAAAGCAGCCAGAAGACACACAGAAGUCAGGAUGCAUCACAGGAUUACUACUUAGAGCCUAUGUCUGUCCAUUAUCUGGUUCAGGGCUUCAUUCUCUGCUCCUGUCAGCCCCUAGAUUUCUACAGUCUUCAUGAAUCUCAGUUGAUUUCCAUUUCUAACAGCUUUAGCAAAGCUGUAGUUUGUUUUGGGAGUAGAAACUCACUCUGUGUGAGAACGGCGGUGAGUAGGGAACAGAUGAUUAAUUUGGUUUCUGCUUUUAAAAUUCAAUGAACUAUUCUGGAAAGACAUAUAGCCUAUAUAAUUUUACUGACUCAUUUCUCAAGAAAGGAAGCAUACUUGAAGUUAUUGAAUCCUGGACCUAGGUCUUAGGCUCUUAACGGCCCUUAUACUUAGUAUUUAAAAGAUGAUUGUGGUCUUUUGCUGCAGCAAUGCAAGUGGGAGCACCUGGAGCGCGAGCUCCGAACGAGAAUCCAUGAGUUGUAGAAAAAUGGCGGACAAGUUAGACAUGGGGCAAAUUUCCAGCUUCGAUAAGGCCAAGCUGAAGAAAACCGAGAAGCAGGAGAACACCCUGCCAACCAAAGAGGCCAUUGAACAGGAAAAGAGGAGUAAAAUCUCCUAAAAACCUAGGAAGAUUUCCCCACCUGACCCCUUCAUCUUCAAAACCCCCUCGUGAUGUGGAGGAAGAGCUACCUGCAAGAUGGACGCAAGUUGCACUGUGAAC